AUGAGCGAGACAGCACCAUACGGUACCUGGGAGUCUCCCAUCACUGCCGAGAGCAUCACUGGCAACUCGACUACAAGAGACGAUGUUAUUGUCGACCCAGUCACCUCCAUCAUAUACCAUCUGGAAAGUCGUCCUGCAGAGAAAGGACGCUGCGUUCUCGUUGAAUCAGAAACUGGCCGAGAAAUAGUUGGGAAGGACGUAAACGUGCGGACUGGUGUGCACGAAUACGGUUCUGCUUCCGCAAUUGUUCACGAUGGAAUCGCGUAUUACUCCAACAUCAUUGACAAUCGAGUGUACAAAGUUAAUGUGAAGGAUGGAAGUCCAGCUGAGCCAAUAACCCCUGAAAACAAGGCAUUCCGUUACGCUUGUUUCAAUAUCCAUCCAUAUAAUCCUCGAUUCCUGGUGUCCAUCCUUGAGGACCACACUGUUAACACGCCAUCCACGGUUGUCAACACGGUGGUUAUCAUUGAUACCCAAGCAAAAACAGUGGCGCCCCUUGUGUCUGGAGCGGACUUCUAUGCCCUUCCCAAAUUCUCUCCAGAUGGAGGUAAACUUGCCUGGCAGCACUGGGACCAUCCGAAUAUGCCUUGGGAUAAUUCUCAAAUAUCACUCGCUGAAGUGACCCUCGCCGAUUCGUCGUUGACGCUCUCGAAUGUCACAACAAUCGCAAAAGAAGGCUCAAACGGAUUCCUUGCUUGGGCAAACAGAAAUACGCUCUGUUGGGUGUGUGAUGUUUCUGGAUUUGGUAACCCAUGGAAAUACGAUGUGUCUACGAAGAAAGCUGGGCCGAUUUUCCCUUCUCCCGUCAAAGAGGAAUUUGGUGCAGCCAUGUGGUUGUUCUGUUUCUUCCCUUUCGUUAUCGUCGACGAUGCUGGUAAACUGGGCGUCUUCAAGGCCUACAGGGACGGGAGGGCUGUGUUGUAUCGAGUUGAUAUUGAGACUGGAGACAGGGAACAGAUAGAGAGCCCAUAUGUUGUCGUUGAAUGCAUGCGCUCGGUUUCCAAGUCCAAGGGCCAGUUCGGCUUCUUGGGCACCAAAGUUGAUCAUUCCGAAAAAGUCGUAGUCGGUACCAUCAGGGAUACAAUUUCAUUCACUCCUUUUACUCCCGGCACUAUUUCAAAGGGUCCAAAUUUUGAUCCCUCUCUUGUCUCGGUUCCUCGAGGAAUCCCUUUGAAGGCACCUCCCAAUGAUGAACUCUUACAUGUAAUCUACUAUCCUCCUCACAACCCGGCGUACGCAGGCACGAGCAUCGAAGGAGAAAAGCCUCCAUGUGUUGUGAACGUCCACGGUGGACCAACUGGUAUGGCCCAGCAGGGCUUGAGUUGGAAAAUUCAAUACUGGACAACCCGUGGCUUUGCAUGGCUUGACGUUAACUACGGAGGAAGCUUCGGCUAUGGGAAAGAGUACAUCAACCGUCUCUGGCAUGGAUGGGGUGCAGUAGACGUCGAAGACUGUAUCACUGCUUCACUAUUACUCGCUAAACCCCCUCACUCCCUGAUCGACCCAAGCCGAAUCGUUAUCCGCGGUAGUUCUUCCGGUGGCUUGACUGUUCUCAAUGCCCUUUGCAAUAGUUCCGACACCGAAGUUUAUGCAGCUGCGACUUCACUAUACGGGGUUACUGACCUGGUUGGAAUGGUGAAAGAUACACACAAAUUCGAAUCGCAGUACAUGUUCUCGCUGGUUGGAGGGUCGCCUGAGGACACAAAACCGUUCCAAAAGAGGUCACCGAUCAAUUACGUGGAUAAAAUCAAUCGCCCGUUGUUGAUUCUUCAAGGUGAUAUUGACCGGGUAGUGCCAAAGGAGCAGGCAGAAGUGGUUUAUAACAGUAUCAAAAAUCGUGGUGGCGUGGUUGAAUACAAACUUUAUCCUGGGGAAGGGCAUGGGUUUAGGAUGAAAGAGUCGCAGUGCGAUGCAUUUGAGCGGGAGCUUGACUUUUAUCAACGCGCUCUUGGACUGCGGGAGGGUGUUAAAUUGUGA